UGGGCACGCUCACUGUGAGUCUGGGCUUUCCCGCUCGAUCGCAGCUGGUUGUGGCACCGGCCAGAGGAACCAACUUUAUUCUUUGCCUUUCGAUCCAGUUUUGGCUGCCUAGGCUCUGCGAGGACGCAGCAGCCCAAGUCGCACUUGUCCUGGCCGGAACUGGAGAAAGGAAGGAUGGCAGUCACACAGCUCAUUCAUUGCGCCCUGGCUCUGCCCCUGCUGGGCUGUCUGUGCGCAGGUCUGACAGAUGGGCACACUCUUCGCUUCAACCUCACUGUCAAGUCUCGGACUGCACCUGGACAACAUUGGUGUGAAGUGCAGUGCUCAGUGGACGAAGUGCCUUUCCUUCAGUAUGAUAAUGACAACCAGGCCAAGCUUUGGAGUAGCUGGGAAAAGAAAGUAACUGAGACCGAAGCAUGGAAAUAUUUUAUCAAUGACCUGAAAGAAAUAGGGGAAAUUAUCAGGAAGGAGCUACUUAACAGCACAGCCAAGGGUUAUCCCACCUUGCUGACCAUAAUGUUUUAUCAAAGAGGAAAAUCUGACACUACCUGCUGGAUAUUCAGCAUCAGUGGACAGUAUCUGUUUAGCUUUUGCUUAGUGAACAUGACCUGGACAGUACUUAAUCCUGAAGCCAAAGGCAUGAUGGAGAUAUGGGAGAAAGACAAGGAACUAGAAAAAAAGCUGAGAAUCACCUCCGAGGGAGAUUUUCCCAAGUAUCUCAACGAAUUCUUAAAAUAUGGACCAAGAUUAGAGACCCAAGAUCCCACCCAGCUUUCAUCCACCACCCAGCUUCCAUCCACCACCCAGCGUCCACAUAUGGAUAUCAUCAUCGUGAUCAUGAUCACAAUCAUUACAAUCAUCCUUGGGAUGCCAUAGUCAUUGGGAUCAUUGUGAAGAAAUUCUGCAGGAGAUGGUUCUCAUACUGCUGCUGCUGCUCCGCCUCCUCAUCUGAGAACCGCCCUCCAUCAUCAUUAACUGGGUCUGAAAACUCUCUAGAACACUCAGUCUUUUCGCCAUCAACUUUGAUGGAGCAAAAAUGCAUCUGAUGUCAUCUUGAAAAGCUAUGCCAUUUAACUUCUGAUCAAAGCGUAAAAUAGUGAAACUGAUGGUUUCCAGAGCCUCCUUCAUCAGGACAUCAAGGUGAAACUUGCCAUCAAUGACUCUAUCUCACCUUGUUUCCUUUCCCUUUCGCUCUUAUACUCUAGCUUUGUGAUGGUCAUGUUGUGCCCUGCUCAUUGUGUAAAACAGUGGCUUUCAGACUGUGCCUUGACCUGGGUGAUUCCAUUUUUCAAGCAGCAGUUGGUGCCCUUCUGAAUGGAGAUACAGAGGCAGGCUGACAUGGCAUCUCGCUGUGCACAUAAGAUACAUACCUGCCCCAGACCAUUUGUGAGACACAGGUUAAUAAACUUAUUCCUAAAAGUACAAUAAUAUCACCUAUAAACCUAUCAAGAUAGAUUGGAACAAAUGAGCAGGUGUGUAUAUAAAAACUAUCAGAGAGACAGGCCUGAGAACUUAGAUCUAAUAUUCAAACCAGAGAAGGAUGCAACACCCUCAGGUAGAUACCAUAAAAGAGAUUGCCUAAUGCUGCAAUAGUGAUGGCUCCACUAACCGGCCAUCUGACCACCCAGUGUGUGUUAAGGGGCCAACAGAUAGAGAACUCUGCACCUACUCUGGGGCUUCAGCUCUGUCUCCACUGCUAAUACAGCCUACCUGAAUUUUAGACUGUCCAUGAAUCCAUUGAUGCAUCUUCUCCCAGUCCCACACCUCCUCUUCCUGAUCCUGUGGUCCUGCAGUUCACCUCUACAGUUCCACUCAGCCCUGUAACCCUGCAGCUCUCUAGCCAGCUUCCUUAAUACCUAGCCAAGCACCUGCACUGACUCUCUGCAUCUGUUUCAGCUCUCUACUUCAGCCUCCACUAAGGGCUCUUUGUAUUCUACUACUGAUUCUUUCACUCUUUUCUACUCAUUCUGCAACCUACUUAUAUAUAAGUGUAAUUACUGUGUGAUAUAUAAUGUGUGAUCUGAGAGUUAAUAUUGGUAUCUAAGACUCUAUCUCGCCGGCUAUCAGUAUCUAAGACUCUGUCUCGCCGGCUAUCAAAGCUAAUUGGGACUCCUUGGAAAAUUAGAGCCAGUGAAACCGACAAACCUUGUGAAUUCAUUGUUACUCAACAAAUUCUGAUGUUCUAGAAAGACACGAAUGUGUCCAGCUGUGUUUCUGGCAUAGCACACUCACAGCCGGACUCCAUUCCUUAAAGGAACAGACCACUGGCAAAGUAAUUGGAAACAUACAAAAUUUUGUCAAAUUAAGUCAUAUGGUGAUAUAAAUAAAAUUCAACACCCCUAUCUACCCAAAACUCAAAACUAAGAGACUAAUGACCUGAGGCUAGCCCACACCACAGUAUAAUCUCAUACUACUCAGGGUGGCACCUGACUCAGGUGCCAGCAGAAGAGGAGGCUCUAAUCCAUGCAGAACACAGGGCAAAAGUAGGAGGGCUGCGAAAGCACAUUGCCUGUACUGUGAAGGGUCUCCAUUCACAAGAAACUGGUUAAUGAACAUAAAUCGUAAAACAGAAAAAAAGGAAGCAAACAAACCUCAGGUCACACAUCUAUGGUUAUUAGUAUAUAUAGUGAACUAUAGAAUUAUAGUAAGAAAUUAUUUGAGUGGGAUAAAGAAAACUAGGGAAAAUGUUAGGUAAGGUAAGAAAGUAACAGACUAAAAAAAAAAAAAAUACAUCCUAAAAUGGUGCUGAUCUCUAGGGAUUGGUGGCAUACAGAGCAAGAAGUUAGAAAAAAGAUAAAGAUAAAAGAAGUUAGAACAGUACCAUACAGAGCAAGAAGUUAGAAAAAAGAUAAAGCAACAGGCCCAGAAGAUAUUGUCAUACCAAGACCCACAAGGAGGUCAGGGCACAGGGGUGAAGUUUAUGUUUACCAGACCAGAAAUGACAUAAAUGUUUCCAUAAAGAAUGGGGGAUGAGAAGAUAGCUCAUGUCAGUAAACUGCUUGCCACACAAGCGUGAGGAUCUGAGUUGAAUCCACAGAACUUAUGUAAAAAUAAAUAAAUAAAAGCCAGGAAUGGUGGUGCACAUGUUUAGUCCCAGCACUCAGGAGGCAGAGGCAGGCAGUUCUCUGUGAGUUCAAGGCCAGCAUGGUCUACAUAGCACGUUUCAGGCCAGCUGAGUCUACAGGGAGACCCUGUCUCAAAAAGACCAAAAAGUGACACAUGCCUAUAAUCCCAGAACAGGGAAGAGAGAGACAGGUACCUCCCUGUGGCUUCCUGACCACCCAGCCUAGUUGAAUUGAUGAGUUCCAGGUCAGUGAAAGGCCAUUUCAAAAACAAUGUGGAUGGCAUCCCGAGGAAUGACACCCAAGAUCGAUGCCGGGUCUCCACAUAUACGUGCACACAAAGGAACAUACACUGUGGACAAAAACACAGCAAGUGAAUUUUCAAGAGACAUCUGACCCCUGAAAGGGAUUGAGUCUUUUUAUAGUAGUUAUGAGGUAUUACUUGACCUCAUCUUGGAGGCCUUUUUUAUAGGGUCAUAUUUGAAUACAUAAGAGGUGGGCAGUUUUUUCUUGGGUAGUAAGUUUCAUAACAAUGAUCAUUUGGGUUCAAUAGGAGUUACACUUUGUAUAGGACAUCAUGAGUAAGUGGGUCAGGCUCUAAGCAGUUAGGGUCUGAUUACUGAGGCGAGGGGAGUACUUUUUAUUUUUUGACCUUUUUUGUCUCUGCCUUUAUGUCCUGAUAGAUCAGCAAGGUCAAGACCUUGACAAACAACGAAACUCUAGUCGCUUCUAGAAUUGCUUCAUUGCUGAGAAGGGGCAUUGGAAGGCAUUGGUAUUGUUGAUCUGUCAUAGGAUAACAAGACCAUAAGACUUAAAGGACCGAGCCACAUUUUGGAGAGAGGAGGGGGUGGUUAUUGCAGAAAGUUGAAGACCAGACUAUGACUUCACUUGAAGUCUAGAGGUCUACAGUGGUGGGAAAUAGGUGUUAGUGGAGAUGAUAAUGAUUGAUAUACUUGAGACAAUACUGUCUGGUUCUUAAUGGCUUCUAAUCUGGAAAGUAUACAUCAUACCAGAAGGUUUAGUAAGCAGAAGCUAAAGAUGCAGAGCAAAAUGAAAACAGGAAAGAGGCUGUGAGCAGCAGUAAAGAAUACAAAAUCUUACUGGUUAAAGUGACACCAUAGGGCGAUUUCAGGAAGAUAGUAAAAAAAAUAUAACAAUUAUUUUGAGGGUACGAAGGAAUCCAGGCCUAGUACAGGAGCCCAGCAAUGUUGGGUAAAGAGUCAAGGCAGGGGUUUUAACUCCAUGUAAGGUCCUCAGACUGUGGUUUCCUGUUAGAGUCUGAAGGUUGUUUCAAAGUGGGUGCAACCAAAGUUUCACAGAAAGAAUUAAGAGAAAUCUUCAAGAGUCUCACAGGAAUGGGCUGUUUGAGGUUUUGGUUGUGGAGCCCUGUUAACUCUGGACGGAUGAACCAAGAGUGGUAGGGCUUGUAAUUCGACUGCAGUUGGAGAUGUGAGUGGGAUUUGAUAGGGUCUGGUCCAGAGAGCUUUGAGUGGAUUUAUAUCCUGUGGGAGGAUUUUAUGAUAGACUCGGUAUCCCGGAUUAAUAUCAGGAGAUGAUCCUGAAAACGUGGAGUCGGACUUGAGGAUGUAAGUAUCCUGGUACUCAGUGACAGCCUUGAUUAUCUGCCCCAAUGAUAUAACAUACGGAGACACAUAAAGACUCUCUGCAUCUAGUAAGAGGCCUGUGUGGAGGAAGAGCCCACUGUAAAGACCUCAAAGGAGUUGAUGUAUAUUGUAGAGUCGGGAAUAAUAUGGAAUUGUAAAUGAGGAUUAAUUAGAAUUUGGGGACCUUUUUAAGAGCUUCAGGUCUCCCAGCUGAACCAGGUCAGGAUGAGAAUCCUGAUUGCAGUUGGUAGAAUUUGAUUUUGAAAUAUUAUUAAUUAUUUUUCGUUGUACUCCAGCUAGGUGUUUAAGAUCUAUCGGUGGCCAUCAAUUAACCUCCGUUGGUUACUGGAGGUUAGGGUUCCGUAGGGGUUGCUAUUAGAGACGUUUAAGACUUUUAGGAGCCCUGGGCUCCUUUAGUUUUCCUCUACCAGUGUGCCAUCUGGGAUGAGUCAUGGUCUGGUUGACCAUGUGACUUCUCUUGAAAGGACUGAGGAAAUUUUUUUCUAUAAAAUGGUCCUAUCCUUUUUAGAAAGGAGGCUGGUUAGAGUUCAAACUCUGGGGCCUCCAUGACCUCUCAGGGUAAAGAGGUCAGGUGACUUUCAGAAGCAACAAGACCCUUUUAGAGUUGUCAAAUUGUCCUCUGUCCCCUGGGACAUGGCUGACCUGUGGGUAAGGGUGAAAACAUUACCUGUUAAGCUGGCCCCUUUAGCUUCAUUGGUUUUGGCCUCUAAUCAUGGCUAUUGAAAACUCAGGAAGUCAGCUACACCACACUUGAAGAGUGAACAGUGGUUUGAAAUCUAGCUGUUCUAUAAUAGUAAGGGUGACCAGCUCACAGCCCAGGAAACUUAUGCACACAGCUCAAUACAUAUUCAUAGACUUGUCUAAGAUAUCAUGAGGUGUUGUUGCAAUUUGGGGGCGGGGGGGCUCAAUUGUGCAGGUGUCUAGCAUGAAUUUUGUAGUUGACAGUGUGUCACAUCAUCAGUGAUUACACACUCAUGAUUGAUAAAACUGAAAAAAAAAACAGGUUUUUUAAACUCAGUUUUCAUUCUGAUAAGACUCGAUUUUUAACAAGUUAAAGGCCAGAAAAACUCAGUAAAAAUUAGAUGCAAUUAUCUUGACAAAACAUAAAUGUUGUUCUUUAGGCAAGAUUUUUAUAUUUUAACCUACACCAUUUUAAGUUAGACAACUCUUAUAAACCUUGUGACAUACUGUAGCCUUCUGGCUCUGUGCUGAUCUCUGUUUUUAACAGUCCUUUACUUAGAGUAAAACUAAUUUACCAUAUAAAAUCCUUUCACCCCCUCUUUAUUAGAACAGUUUCUAUGCCUGUGACAUUACAUAUCUCUCCUUGCUGCUUCCUUUCUGUCUUGCUUUGCUAAAAUUCCUAAUAUAAUUUAGAUUUUUUUUUCUUAAAGCCAUAAAAUCUUGGAAACGGGGAACAUCUGAUCACCAUUUGUAUUUGACAAAAUAUACUUAGCAGAAUAUUAUUAAAGUUUAAACUGUUAUUGGUUGUUACCUUUUUAGUAAGUAGCUAUCUUGUAAUAUUGUAUAAUCUCAAGUUAACCUCCUUUUUCCUCACUAAUUUAAAAUAACUAUCAUGUUGGAUUUGUUUAUAUCUUAUGAAUUAAAAGGAAUUUGGACUAAGUUA